AUGGCGGGUCCUACGUCGCGCUUUACUCGCACAUGGCAGGAGGCCUGUGCCUUCUACGACUGCGUUCGAAAAGAUGCGCGGAAGGUGCAGCCGGAGCUGGUGAUCGAUGUGUGCGGCGGCCAUGGCGCGCUGGGCAUGCUCUUCUUGGCGCAUGGCUUGGCGAAGGAGGCGCUGGUGAUUGACCGUUCCGAGCCUGCCAGCCACAAGCAGUUGCGACAGGCUUGGGAUGAGUUCCUGCCGAAGUCAAUUGCCUACGACCAGCGACCACUGCAGGAGGCGCUGCCGUGCGCAGUGCAGGAGAAGAAGCGACUGCUCGUGGUGGCGUGCCACGCCUGCCAGCACCUGGCACGCCAGAUCAUCGACUGCUGCCUGGGCGCGCAGGUGGCUUUUGCCGUGUGCCCUUGCUGCCCCAAGGACCAUGGAGGAAGCAUCCAGGCUGCAGCCAAAGCUCUGAACGUCGACUUCCCCACCGCAAUGGUCCUUGCAGAGCUGGGCCGACUCUCGGGUUUGGGCUGCGCGGUGCACCUCCGCACCUUCGAUGCAGAGAUCUCUCCGCAGAAUCGGGUGCUGCUGGGGCGGCCGGGUUUGGCCCUGGAGCGCGAGGGCGAACGAUCCGCGGAAGAGCGGCUGCGGCGCGCUUAUGAUCGGGCUCACCACCCCAGCUCCAGCGAGGGACGUGCUGCAGGUCUUUGGUCCAACCAGGAGGUGGUGGAAGGCGAGCAGGAGCUAGCGAAGAAGAUUGCAGCAGUGCAGGCUCUCUUGACGCCUGUCACGGGAGCAGCCUGGGAGCAGCUGGAGAUUCGAGAAUCACCGCGGGUUCACUACCGCGCAAGGACAGUUGUGGCUGUUGGUGCGCACACGCCCACCGAUGGUGAGAGCGGCGGCCUAUUCAGGCUGGUGCCAAAGGAGAAGGGCUUCCAGAUCCAAUCCACCAUCUCCACGGAGACCCUGCUGCCAGAAGUCGCAGCUGCGUUACCCGUUCUGGCGGACAUAUUGCCGCAGUAUGAGGGCCUGCGCUGCGUGAAGCUGCACGGCACAGUCAGUGCCCAGCUACUGGUGUGCCUUGUCUUCGGCCCCGGGGCGGAGCUUCCGAGUGAUGCUGCCCUGGAGGACUUGCGCGCAGGCCUCCUGGGUGGUUUGGUCGCUGUGCGGGAGCUGGUCGUGCUGGCCUCCGCCAAGGGCCUGCAGCGAGGUGUGCCGCCAGGCCGUGACUUUGUAGACGAGGUGUUGGAUAUCCCCGGCCGCGGCAGCGUUCGCUACCGCCAGCCCUUUGGCCAGUUCUCCAACCCGAAUCCGCACAUCGCCAUCGCCACUGCGGAGUGGCUGGGCGACGUGGUGCAGUCCAUCACGGGCGACACCCCCAUGGACCUGCUGGAGCUGUACUGCGGCUGCGGAAGUCACACCCUGUGCCUGGCCCGCUGCUUCCGCCACGUCCUCGCCGUGGAGAUCUCGCGCCGCCUCGUGGAGGCGGCCCAGUAUAACGUGACACAGAACGGCCUUGACAACGUUACCGUGCUGCGCGCGCCCUCUGAGGACUUUUGUCGCCGCGUGCUGCGGAAGAAGAGCUACGAGCUGCGUGAGGGCGAAGUGAAGGUGCAGCUGAACUUCGGGUGCACUGUGGUGGACCCGCCACGGGCCGGGCUGGACUCGGUGACUUUGGAGGCCGUGGCAGGCUACGACCACAUUCUGUACGUGUCCUGCAACCCCAAGGCGCUGUCCUCGAACUUGGAGGUCCUCCUGAAGACGCAUGAGCUGUGCCGCAUGGUGUUGCUGGACCACUUCCCAUGCUCAGCCCACGUGGAGAUGGCCGCGGUCACCACUUCGACCUUCGAGAAGGAGUCGAGUCGAAUCGCAGGGUGCGGUGCGGCGGCGCGGAUCGAGGCUGCCAGGGAAAAGCGGCCAGAGGAUUAUGGCGUAGAUACGCUCAAGAUCACAGAUGAUGAUGCCGCCUUCAUCCUGGGAAAGGGAGGCAAAACAAAAGAGAAGAUCGCGAGAGUCUCCCAAGCCGAGAUCGAGCUCUUUGAGCGCGACCUGAUUUUGGAGAUCCGCGGGUCAAAGGUUCAGCGACGAAGAGCCAAAAAGUACUGUGAGGGCGUCAUGGCGCAACGCACGGGGCCGGUGAACAUCACCGAGGAGUAUAACGACGACGACCUGACCAUGCUCAUGGUCCCGCAGGAGACUGUGGGCUUUGUGACUGGCCGGGCCGGCAACUUCCUCCGCACCAUCGAAGAAGAGUGGGGAACACUCAUGUUCUUCUGCGAGGUAGGCUCCGGACGUCGUGACAAGGACUACGAGAAGCUGGCGAUCUUUGGGGACAUCCGGGGGCGGAGGGGCGCCGAGCUCAAGGUCCUCAGCGCCAUCGAGACCAAGACUCCAGGCUACCUGUCCAAGAUCAAGAACGAGGUGAUCGAUCGCGACAAGGGCAAAGAUCCCGAAGGUACCUGGUCCACUGACACGAUGACGUUCCAGGACGACGAGCUGUCCUAUGCCUUGGGCAAGCAGGGCGGCACCAGGAAGAAGCUGGAGCGUGCCUCAGGCUGCAUCGUUCAGUACGUGGGGCACACCGCCCUCUUCUCUGGAACCCGCACCGAGCGGCGCCGAGCGAAGGACUACAUGAAGUGGCUUUUCGCUCAGCUGGAGGGCCCGGUGUACGUGGACGGCUGGGAGGAUCGCGAUGACUGCUGCGUUGUGCAUGUGCCCAGCGACUGCAUCGGCUACAUCACGGGAAGCCGGCGUGCCACCUUGGGGCGAAUGGAGGAAGAGUGGGGAACUCUCAUGUUCUUCAUGACCAAGGACGGCGAGAAAGGCGGCCGCUCUGGGCAGGCGGAGAAGCUCAUCAUCUGCGGCCACGAGCGAGGUCGCCGAGGCGCCGAGCUGAAGUGCAUGAACGAGAUCGAGAAGAAGGCUCCGGGCCACUUCUCCAGGGGCCUCAGGGAGAAGUUCUCGGACUCGCGCAACUUCGACACGGAUCGCAUGGCCAUCAAGGAGGAUGAGCUGAGCUACGUCAUCGGAAAAGAAGCGGCCACGCAGAAGAAGAUUGAGAAGGCUGCCGGGUGCAUCUUGCAGUUUGUGGGGCGCUACGCCUUCAUGGCGGGCAUCCUCAAGGAGCGCAGGCGCUGCAAGGAGUAUAUCGGCUGGCUGCUGCAGCAGCUCAAAGGUGCGGUUACCAUUCCGGAUGUGUCCGAUCGGGAUGACUGCACAGAGAUGCACAUCCCUGCGAACUGUAAGGGCUGGGUCACGGGCAACCGCGGCAGCGAGCUGCGACGCAUGGAGCACGAGACGGCCACCUACAUGUUCAUGGCCCUGGACGGGCGCGGGGACGAGCGGCUCUGCAUCUUCUGCCACGAGCAGGGCUCCAAGGUGAGCACCACUGGGCGCAUGGCUGCAGAGCGCCUGGUCAACGAGUUGGUGCAGGAGAAGCUGAGGGGCGACGAGGAUGACCGGGGCCGUGGGCGCUCCGACUCUCGAAAGCGCAGCCCCCCCCGCCGCGACUCGCGCCGGCGCUCGCCGGCGCGACGGUCACCGUCCUACAGGGGCGGCGGCGGGGGACGUCGAGACUCAAGAGCCCGCAACGACUCGCGGCGCCGCUGA